GAUAAAACAAAAAUCGAUAUAAAGUUUCGGUAGAUGACAAUCAUGAAAAGCACCACGCCGCCAUAUAAAUUCGUAAUGCUCUAAAGGUCCGUUCACAUGUAUGAACUUUCAUUUCUCCGAUCCAUGAAAGUGGUCACUAAACAGAAGGUCUCGUCAGAUUUCGCAAACUGAUUGCAAAUGGCAGUUGAUAGCAGUUAAACGUGACACUAGGUUAUCGAGACUUGUCAAGUAUUAGUUGUUUCGCCAUCGAUAAAUCAUGACAUCCAUCAGCGAAGUCGACGCGGUGCCGAAGUCGAAAAAACCAUCGGAUAGCGCAUUCAAACAGCAACGAUUACCAGCCUGGCAACCCAUACUUACAGCUGGCACAGUUCUACCGACGUUUUUUGUAAUAGGAGUCGCAUUCAUUCCAGUCGGUAUAGGUCUACUUUACUUUUCUGACGAAGUCAAAGAACAGACAAUAGAUUAUACUAAUUGUAACUCCACUAAUAUCACUGGAAGUGAUAGACUACCUAUGAAAUGUGCAGAUGUAAUUGCAGCAGAUCCUCACAGUUUAUGUACGUGUGAAAUACAUUUCAAUCUACCUGUAGACUUUGUUGGCAAUGUUUACAUGUAUUAUGGCCUGACAAAUUUCUACCAGAAUCAUCGUAGAUAUGUCAAAUCUCGAGACGACAAUCAAUUGUUAGGAAAAUUGGAUGAGUUGGUCUCGAGUGACUGCGAACCAUUUGCCUAUGAAGAAGUAAACAACACUAAAACUCCUAUUGCUCCAUGUGGGGCCAUUGCAAAUUCACUUUUUAGUGAUGAACUCACACUAUUUUCUAUAAAACACAAUAAAUCUGUGCCAUUGUUAAGAACUGGUAUAGCAUGGCCGUCUGACAAAAAUAUCAAAUUUAGAAAUCCUGAAGGAGAUUUGAAAAAAGCAUUUCAGAACUUUGCAAAGCCUAAGAACUGGACUAAACAUAUUUAUCAGUUAGAUGAGAAAGAUGAAAAUAAUAAUGGAUUUCAAAAUGAGGAUUUAAUUGUAUGGAUGAGAACUGCUGCAUUACCUACUUUUAGGAAACUCUACCGUAAAGUUGAUCAUGAUAAAGAUGGCUUCAGUGGUGGUCUACUACUGGGAAAUUACAUUCUUAGAGUCAAAUACUCAUUUUCUGUAUCCGCUUUCCAUGGAAAGAAAAAGAUGAUUUUAAGCACAACUUCACUUUUGGGAGGAAAAAAUCCUUUCCUUGGUAUUGCUUACAUUGUUGUAGGAAGUUUGUGCUUAGUGCUCGGCAUAGCAUUGCUCAUUAUACAUAUUAAAUGUUCUAAGAGUACCACCGACAUGAUCAAUGUGACUCCAACUACGGAAUAUCAUUAGGAAUGAUCCCUCUACGAAUUGAGCAUAACUUUAUCAAUUGGAUCAAUUAUUGGUUAUAAUAUUUGCUUUAAGACGUGCGAUCUUUUUCCGUUCAACAAUAAUUAUAUUCGUU